AUGCUUCAAAUCGGCAACAGCUCAGCAGAGAAAUUCGCAGACAUGAGGCCUCAGAUACAGAAACUGGGUGCUUUGAUACCUGAAGAUCAGUAUUAUCGUUACAAUGUCAUGUUCAUGUACACACUUCAACAAGCUGUAUUUCUGUCUGCUAUAACAAUCUAUCUGCAACAUGAACGUCUGGCUACCAUACCGGAAAUUGAAGCGAUGCUUGGAGUUCCAGUCAGUUUACGAGGAGACGUCUCGCAUUUCCACAUUCCUAUUGAAGACUUGUUGCUUGGAAUGGUGUCUAUGACUGGAGAACUCGCGCGUCUUGCAGUGAAUUGCGUCACGCAUGGCAACUUUUCCAGGCCAUUGAGGAUUUCAAAAUUCGUCACUGAAUUGUACAGUGGCUUCCAAUUGCUCAACCUCAAGAACGAUUCUCUCCGAAAACGUUUCGAUUCAAUGAAGUAUGAUAUCAAGAAGAUCGAGGAGGUAGUUUUCGAUGUCACCUUACGAGGUCUUGCUACGCCACAGAACUCAUAA